CGAUUCUCCAUAAGCUAUUGAGCAAAACAACUAUUCAAGAUCACUUUCACGGGAUUUAAACCUUUCAGAUUCAUUCUGAGAAUAUUUGGAAAGAGCAAGAUGACUAUAACCAAGUACAACGGACGGGAACUCUAUGAGUCUAUUGGUAGACCGAAGACUAUAGUAGCCCCAAUGGUGGAUCAGAGUGAACUCGCCUGGAGAAUAUUAUCCAGAAGAUACGGGGCCGAAUUAUGUUACACGCCAAUGUACCAUGCCAGGUUGUUCGCCACUGACGAAAAGUACCGCAAGAGGAUGUGGAGCUCAUUGGACGGGGAUGAGAAAGUCGAUAGACCCUUAAUUGUACAAUUUUGUGCCAAUGAUCCGGAGUAUUUGUUGAAAGCAGCACAACUAGUGGAAGAUAAAUGUGAUGCGGUUGACUUGAACUUGGGUUGUCCUCAAGGUAUUGCAAAGAAGGGGAAAUAUGGAGCAUUUUUAAUGGACGAUUGGGAAUUAGUGCAUAAAUUGAUUCUGAAUUUGCAUGAAAACUUAAAGAUUCCGGUUACUGCUAAAAUCAGGGUUUAUGAUGAAUGGGAAAAAUCCUUGGAAUACGCCAAGAUGGUACUAGACGCUGGAGCACAAUUCAUUACGAUACAUGGGAGAACAAGAGAUAUGAAGGGACAAGCUACAGGAUUAGCUAAUUGGGAAAUUUUAAAAUAUUUAAGAGAGAAUUUAGGUGAAGAUCAAGUUUUUUUUGCAAAUGGGAAUAUCUUGUAUGCUAAUGAUUUGAAAAGGUGUUCUGAAUUGAUUGGCUGUGAUGCUGUUAUGUCAGCAGAAGGAAACUUAUAUAAUCCUGGAGUUUUUUGGACUAAAGAUGAUAAUAUAGAUAAGCAAUUUGCAAGAGUAGAUAAGAUGUUGAGAGAGUAUUUUGAGAUUGUGAAAGAAUGUGAGAGCCAUGCGUCUAGAACUGCCAUGAAAGCCCAUUUCUUUAAGAUCUUACAUGCAUUUUUAGUUAAGCAUCCUGAGUUAAGACCAAUCAUUGGUCAAACCAGUGUACAUGAAUCAUUUGAAAAGUGGGAUGAAGUAGUGCAGAAAGUUGAAAGAAUAGUGGAAGAAAUAUAUGAAAGACCAGAUAUUAAAGAAGUCGAUGUUAUUAGAGACGGCCCAAUACAAUCAUGGGGUGGAUUUUAUAAAGAGAUCCCGUAUUGGAGGUGUCAGCCAUAUUUCCGAACAGUGAAUGGAGAGAAACAAAAUACCAGAACUCUUAAAGUUGCUGCUACAAAGGAUACUGAUAAAGAUAUCAAAGACAAAGACAUUAAAGAUAAAGAAGCCAAAGAAGAUAUUAAAGAUAAAGACGAUAUCAAAGAUAACAAGAGAAGACUUGAAGAAGUUAGCAGCUCAAAUAAAAAAAUGGCUCUUUAGUGUAUAUAGUGUA